CUCAUCUUCUCUACUCUUCUUUCAUUUCUUGUUUCUCUCAAACACCAAAGAAGAAGGCCUAACAAUCACAGCAAGGAGAAGAACAUGGGAGACAAGGAAGAGGUUCUUGAGGCUGUUUUGAAAGAAACAGUGGAUCUGGAAAAUGUGCCUAUUGAAGAAGUUUUUGAGAGUCUGAGAUGUAGCAGAGAAGGUCUCACUACAGCAGCUGCUGAUGAGAGGCUUGCCCUCUUUGGUCACAACAAGCUUGAAGAGAAAAAGGAAAGUAAAUUUCUGAAGUUUCUAGGUUUCAUGUGGAACCCUCUUUCAUGGGUGAUGGAAGCUGCUGCCAUCAUGGCUAUUGCACUUGCUAAUGGAGGAGGGAAGCCUCCUGAUUGGCAAGACUUUGUUGGUAUCAUUACUCUGCUUGUGAUAAACUCUACCAUCAGUUUCAUUGAGGAGAACAACGCUGGUAAUGCUGCUGCUGCUCUCAUGGCUCGUCUUGCUCCCAAAGCAAAGGUACUGAGAGAUGGAAGGUGGGGUGAGCAAGAUGCUGCAAUUCUUGUCCCUGGUGACAUUAUCAGCAUCAAGCUUGGAGACAUUGUUCCUGCUGAUGCUCGCCUUCUAGAGGGAGACCCUCUUAAGAUUGAUCAGUCUUCUCUUACAGGUGAAUCUCUCCCAGUAACCAAAGGUCCAGGGGAUGGUGUGUACUCAGGCUCCACUUGCAAACAAGGAGAGCUUGAAGCAGUUGUGAUUGCAACAGGAGUCCACACCUUCUUCGGAAAAGCUGCUCAUCUUGUUGACACAACCAACCAAGUUGGCCAUUUUCAACAGGUCUUAACUGCUAUUGGGAACUUCUGCAUCUGCUCUAUAGCAGUAGGGAUGUUAAUUGAGAUUGUAGUGAUGUAUCCAAUUCAACACAGAGCAUACCGCCCUGGGAUUGAUAACCUUCUUGUUCUCCUCAUUGGUGGCAUCCCCAUAGCCAUGCCAACGGUUCUGUCUGUGACCAUGGCUAUUGGCUCUCAUAGAUUAUCUCAGCAGGGAGCAAUAACCAAGAGGAUGACAGCUAUUGAGGAAAUGGCUGGCAUGGAUGUGCUUUGCAGUGACAAGACAGGAACCUUAACGUUGAAUAAACUCACUGUUGACAAAAAUCUCAUUGAGGUUUUCACAAAAGGAGUGGAUGCGGAUACUGUUGUUCUAAUGGCAGCUCAAGCCUCAAGACUUGAGAACCAAGAUGCUAUAGAUGCUGCUAUUGUUGGGAUGCUUGCAGAUCCUAAAGAGGCAAGAGCUGGUGUUCGUGAGGUUCACUUUCUUCCGUUCAAUCCCACUGAUAAGAGGACGGCUCUGACGUAUAUUGACAGUGAUGGUAAAAUGCAUAGAGUCAGCAAAGGUGCACCUGAGCAAAUCUUAAGUCUUGCACACAAUAAGUCAGAGAUUGAGAGGAGAGUUCAUGCUGUUAUAGACAAGUUUGCUGAAAGAGGUUUGAGAUCUCUUGCCGUGGCUUAUCAGGAAGUUCCUGAAGGGACCAAGGAAAGUGCUGGUGGUCCUUGGCAAUUUAUUGGUCUCAUGCCUCUCUUUGACCCACCUAGACAUGACAGUGCAGAGACAAUCAGAAGAGCUUUAAAUCUUGGCGUGAAUGUAAAAAUGAUCACAGGAGAUCAGUUAGCUAUAGGAAAAGAGACAGGACGGCGUUUAGGGAUGGGAACCAACAUGUACCCUUCAUCUGCUUUACUUGGACAGAACAAGGAUGAGUCUAUAGGUGCUUUACCUGUAGAUGAUCUCAUAGAAAAAGCUGAUGGAUUCGCUGGCGUCUUCCCUGAGCAUAAGUAUGAGAUAGUGAAGAGACUACAAGCAAGGAAGCAUAUAUGUGGAAUGACUGGUGAUGGAGUAAAUGAUGCACCUGCUCUUAAAAAAGCUGAUAUUGGUAUUGCAGUUGCUGAUGCAACUGAUGCAGCUCGUAGUGCUUCAGAUAUUGUUUUGACUGAACCUGGUCUCAGUGUUAUCAUCAGUGCUGUCUUGACCAGCCGUGCUAUCUUCCAGAGAAUGAAAAAUUAUACCAUCUAUGCUGUUUCCAUCACAAUCCGUAUUGUUCUUGGUUUCAUGCUGCUUGCUCUCAUAUGGAAGUUUGACUUCCCACCCUUCAUGGUUCUUAUCAUAGCAAUCUUGAACGAUGGCACUAUCAUGACAAUAUCAAAAGAUAGGGUGAAACCUUCUCCUCUUCCAGAUAGCUGGAAACUCUCAGAAAUUUUUGCAACUGGUGUUGUGUUUGGGAGCUACAUGGCAAUGAUGACAGUUAUAUUCUUCUGGGUUGCAUAUAAAACUGACUUCUUCCCGCGAACGUUUGGAGUGUCCACCCUUGAGAAAACAGCACAUGAUGAUUUCAGGAAGCUUGCCUCAGCAAUAUACCUACAAGUCAGCAUUAUAAGUCAGGCGCUUAUCUUUGUGACCAGGUCAAGGAGCUGGUCUUAUGUGGAACGUCCUGGCUUGUUGCUUGUGAUAGCUUUUAUCCUUGCACAAUUGGUGGCUACUCUAAUUGCAGUCUAUGCAAAUUGGAGCUUUGCUGCUAUUGAAGGGAUAGGGUGGGGAUGGGCUGGAGUCAUUUGGCUUUACAACAUUGUCUUCUACAUUCCUCUUGACAUCAUCAAGUUCUUGAUUCGGUAUGCACUUAGUGGCAGAGCUUGGGAUCUUGUUAUUGAACAAAGGAUUGCAUUCACUAGGAAGAAGGAUUUUGGGAAAGAACAAAGGGAGUUACAAUGGGCACAUGCACAGAGGACACUACAUGGCUUGCAAGCACCAGAUGCUAAGAUGUUCCCUGAACGAACCCAUUUCAAUGAGCUUUCUCAAAUGGCUGAAGAAGCUAAGAGAAGAGCCGAGAUCGCUAGGUUGAGGGAGCUUCACACACUCAAGGGUCACGUUGAAUCUGUAGUGAGACUUAAAGGUCUUGACAUUGAGACCAUCCAACAGUCCUACACAGUCUGA